GAGAUGUAACCGAUUUUGUGUUACAUAUUAAUAAGACAAAGUUUAAAAGGCGACUUUUAAUCGUAUAGAUGUUGUCCCAUUAACAUUUAAAAUAACAGUUUAUGUUUCGAACUCGAACCAAUUUUGGCUGUAUGUACGUAUGCUCAUUUCAGAAAGAACCGAAUAGUUCCGAGUACAGGGGAAAUAGCAAGUAGAGUUUAUUUAUUUAUGUAACUUGCUAAAACUUGGCAAAAGCCUAGCCAAUAGUUCAUUGUAGUAUGGCUAUUUUACAAAGAUUAUCAAGAAAUAUAUUACCCAUAAUAGAUAGUUUGGUACACUUUAGGCGCCCAACAAGUACAAAGAUAUUAUAUGAUGGAGAAUGUAAAAUUUGUUUGGCUGAAAUUUCAAUUCUCCGUAGACUACCUUCCAAAAAGACAUUAGAAUUUGUGGACAUAACUAAAGAGGAGUAUAAACCAGAAUUAUAUAAUGGAAUAACAUAUGAAGAUGCGAUGAAAGAAAUGCAUGUAAUAGCUAAUGAAAAGGUUUAUGUAAAAGCAGACGCCAUUCGUAAAAUGUAUGAUGAAGUUGGAUUGACUUGGUUGGCCAAUUUUACUCGAUUACCCAAGAUUGCACCAUACUGGGAUAAACUUUAUGUAAAAUUUGCCCAAUACAGACUAGAAAGAGCUCUUAAAAAUUGUGAUACAGGUUCUUGUUCUGUCAAAUUAAAGGCAUUGAAGGGAUCUCUCCAUGACAAAAGUUAACGUCUGGCAAGUGUAUUAGUAAUAAUUUAUUUAUUAAAGAUUUACAGAUACUAGUUUUAUACAAAAAUAUUUAUUGUAUAAUAAAGGCAAAAAUCACAAGAUAUUAUCUGAAGUCUGACUUUCAGUGGAUGGAUAGACUGUGGUUGUACAAAUUCUAAGUCCAAUAUAUAAUUUUUUGUGUAUCCCAUGCUGACAAAGUGGUAUAGACACUUGAAUUCACAAUACCGUACCAUGAAUAAAAAACAUGAAAUAUGAAUUUACUUUGCAAAGUUUUCGUGCGUUAUCAAAAAUGACCGGCAGUCAUGUAUAUGGAAUGACAACAGUUUUUUUUAGGUAUGUUUAUUCAGUAGGAAAAUUUAUUCAAAUUUAUAUUUUAAAAAAAUAAAAGACUGCCUCUAUUAUUUCAAUGAGUUAAACCAGUAAUAAAUUGCAAAAUUAUGCAGUUAUGUGAAAAGUUUAUUAAUACAUAUAUAAACCAGUGAUAAAAGAAUGUAUCUGGAAUGAUACUACACUGCAUAUAAAAAUAUUUCAUUUUCUGUAAAUUAUCAUAGCGGCUUUCAAACGAUUGUAAGGAUAUGUCAUUGUAUAAAAUUUUGUGGUAUUGGGUGGUAAAGGGAGACACCUGAAAUGCUGAAACACCAAGCUUUGCAUUGACCAUACAGUCUUUUUUAGUAUUGGGCUGUGUGGGGUAAAUUGCCCUGCACAUUUACUAUGAAAAGGUUUUGUUGACUGAUUAGGCUCAUCCAUGCUUUCUUCUCAGAAAAGGCGAAAAUUAACAUCUUGGUGUUAUUUUUUAUAUGGAAAUAUGCAGAUCUCAUUGAGUCUAAGGGAUGUGUCACACAAACGAGUGCAGUCAAAAGACAAUAGUUCUACCUACAGAAGAAAUACAAGAAAGUAAAAAUGUUUACAUGCAGUAAUUAAGGAUGGUUUUUAUUUUUAAGUGAAUAUUUUUUAUAUGGACUUAGCAAUGGAUGUAUUGACCUUCUUGUUAGAAAUCUGCCAAAAUUUAAAAAAAAUUAUAAUUUAAUAUUCAUAUAUUUUACUGAUCAUUAACAAUACAUGUACUAUACACCUAACAGAAAAAUGCAUUUGUUACAAGAAAGCGCUAUGGUUUAUAACUAGGGUUUAUAAAUUGAUUUAUAUUUAAGACAACCAAAAAAUGGAAGAAUGCUAUUUAAAUUUUCGGAUUUGGAUUAAAGUUCUGACCAACAAUUUUUUUAGAUCUAUAAAUUAAAUCUGAAUAAAGAUUUAGAAUGUAAUUUUGUGAAUAAAUAUGCUAUGACAUUCUAAUAUUGAACUCAACUUGACAAUAAAUAUGUCUUUUAUUUAUCAA